AUGUUACCUCGCUCUGAUGAUGUCCAUUAUAUGACGGAUGAAGGCUUAUCACCUUUUCACCAGAAUCGAAGGAGAUUGCGUCGGAAACAGCGUCAGCAUGAAUCGGCCAGUAAAGCCAAUCGACAGUUGGUCAAGAGGAAUCGGCCGUCGUCUUCUGGUGAAACCGAGCUUCGAAUCUCUUCAUCCAACACUUCCACUCGAAAUGGAAGAAAGAUAGCCUGA